UGUCUCCUCGGGCUUGAUUUGGCGCAAAAUCUCCRCAAAAUCCAACAAACGGCGAGACACCCCGGCGAGAUACUGACUGUACAAGUGCACUGUAUAGUCAGUAUUGAAUUCGAAAAACAUGCCUAGAAGUAAAGAAAGGUUGGACAAUUCUAAAGAGCAAGAACACAGUCAUGAUUUCAAAAGCAGCGAAGAAAAGUCAGUUCGUGUGAAACUACUCGACUGGUACGAUGAUAAGAAACGAGAUCUUCCGUGGCGUAGGUACGCCAACGAACAAGAUCCUAACAAGCGGGCUUAUGCCGUGUGGGUGUCAGAAAUAAUGUUACAACAAACGCAAGUUGCCACUGUUAUUGAUUAUUACAAUCGGUGGAUGGCGAAAUGGCCGACUGUCCAAGAUCUAGCUAAUGCAAGCUUGGAGGAGGUUAAUGAGGUUUGGUCUGGACUUGGGUAUUACUCUAGGGGAAAACGUCUUUUCGAAGGGUCUAAAAAGGUUUGUGAAGAAUUAAAUGGUAGAAUGCCUAGUGAUGCAGUAAGCUUGGAGCAAAAGCUUCCUGGUGUAGGUCGUUACACAGCAGGGGCAAUAGCAUCAAUUGCUUUCAAGGAGGCAACAGGUGUGGUAGAUGGCAAUGUUAUUAGAGUAUUAUCACGGCUAAGACUGAUUGGUGCCAACAGUACUAGCAAGAUUGCAUCUGGGAAGUUCUGGCAACUGUCAAAUUCUUUAGUUGACAGUGCCAGGCCAGGAGAUUUCAACCAGGCUAUGAUGGAGUUAGGCGCAACUGUGUGCACUCCUAAAACUCCCCAAUGUGCCAUGUGCCCCUUAAAGGUCCACUGCAUGGCAUACAAACAAGUAGAAGAUUCUAAAAAAACAAAAACAUCUGAGUUUUUAACAAAGGGUAACAUGCAGAAUGGAAGUAGAGUGAGUGCUGACAUAGAAGAGUGUGGUUUGUGCCUUUGUUCAACCUGGGAUGUCUCACUAGGCGUAUGUAACUACCCAACAAAGCCAAAGAAGAAGGAAAUAAAACAAGAAACAUUUGGAGCCUGCUUGUUGCAGAAAAACAAUGAGAAUGGCUUAGUUGUUGUCAAACGACCAGAGAGUGGAUUACUUGCUGGAUUGUGGGAAUUCCCUAACACUCAGUUAGACACAACACAAAAUAAUGCAACUUCAACAAUCACUCGGUUUCUGUCUGAAGAGAUUGGUUUGACCAAGUUUACUAGUCAAAAAGAAUUAGGUGAAGUUAUGCAUAAGUUUUCUCAUUGCCAUCACAUUUACAAAGUCUAUCAUUUUGUCUGUGAAGAAACAAAAUUAAAACAAGUUUUACGGCCAGUUAAAUGGAUCACUAAGGAGGAGAUUAAGGAUGCUGCAAUGCCUAUGGCAAUGAGAAAAAUCUUCAGGUUGUAUGAAGACACUGUCUCCAACAAAAGAAAGUUGAAUACAUUUCAUAAUACUAUGAAGAAACAAAAAACCAUGGACUCAUUUUUCAAAGCUAAGUAGUACAGUGUAGUCAGUGAGAGCCAUUAUUAGCUUGAGCUGUAUUAAACCCAGUAGGGGGAUACUCCCUAAUAAAAAAGGGCGGGGGUCCUCAUCGGAAAUACUGAAAAUGAUCCCUGAAAGGGACCUGUAUUUUGAGAUAAUGGGCAUGGCAGUGCUGAAAUUUAACCCCUAAGAGGGACCAAUCAAUAACAGGUCAUUUUGUUUUCRUUUUUAUUUGUGUUUUUGCACAAGCAUCAAAYGCUGUUGGCUCAUAUUGAGAGCAAUCAUCUAAUUAGCAGUUAUGGUUGUAGUUGAUCCUAUAAUGACGGCUUAGGGUUGCCAUAUAGGGACAACAAAACUCAGUUGGUGAGAAUUCUUGUCAUUAUCACCCUAAGGGGKACUAMAACACUGAUUCCAAACCCUAAAASGGACGACCAGGAGCCCCGCCCAGGUAUUAAACCCUGCACAUUCAAAUAAGAAACAGUCAGAGUUGCAUCUCCCAACGUCAUCAAGAAAAGCUGUCAAUUAUCUGAUGAAUACAAAAGCUGCAUUAAACAAUGCAAAAAGUG